AGAAUAAUUUGAUAUACUUAUGUAUAAACAGUGUUUAUUUUUUGAAUUUUCUUGUAAGAAAAAGUUUUUUCAUUGUAGUAGUGCCAAAUACAAUACAUAUAUUACUUAUGAAACUGUAAUGAUAUGAUGUAAAACACGUCUUAAACAUGGAUACUAAUAAAAUUCCAAAAUUAAAUCUGGUUUCAGGUGCAAAUCUGGAAGAUGAACCUUAUCCAAGUUUGUCGGAUUAUCACGAUUAUGAACCAAAUUUAGAGUUUGAUGAUACAGAAUUACACCAAAGUCCUGAUAUUGCUCAAAGCAUUGAAUUCAUCGAAAUAGAAUCAUGUGAAACUUCUCCCGUUGAAGAUUUUCCAGAAGAGAAUUUCGAUGAACUAGUUGAAGCAGGUGAAGAAAAUUCCUACAGUUUGAUGUAUUGUCCUUCAUAUCCCGCAGUUGAUGAUCCCUCUAUUGAUAAAUAUGCUGAUAUUGCCAAAUAUGGUAUUGUAGAUGUCAAGGGGGAUGAUGCUGUUGGAAGGAAAAUCAUUGUAGUAUAUGCUUGUAAAUUACCCCCAGUUAAAGAAAUCAAUCACAGUUUGCUCCUAAGUUACUUAAUCUACACCUUGGAUAAAUAUGUGGAACAGGAUUAUAGUUUGAUUUAUUUUCACUAUGGUCUCAGCAGUAAGAAUAAACCAUCACUCAGUUGGAUAGUUCAGGUGUAUAAAGCAUUUGAUAGAAAGUACAAGAAGAAUCUCAAAGCUUUAUAUUUAGUACAUCCUACUAAUUUCUUGAAAAUUGUGUCUCAGAUAUUUAGACCAUUGAUAUCUGCUAAAUUUGGAAGAAAGUUGAAUUAUAUAAAUACAUUAGCAGAACUCAAUGAAGAGAUACCCUUAGAUAAAUUGGACAUUCCUCAAGAAAUCAAAGAGCAUGAUAAAAAAAUAGGAGGUACAGGGGAUUUAACUUCUGCAUUGGAUAAUCUAUCCAUUGUCCCCAGUCUACCGACUCAGCAAUUUGGAAUAUCUCUCUCAGACAUCAAGAAAAAUUAUGGUUUGGUUAUAGCACCUGUUGUCAGACAAUGUGUGGAGUUUUUAGAUCAACCAGAUGCUCUUGAAACCGAGGGUUUGUUCAGACGAUCAGCUAAUGGUGUAAAAGUAAAACAUUUGAAGGAUUUAGCAAACUUGGGGAAACCUUUGAACUUUGAGGAUCCUCAUGAAGCAGCUGUAUUGUUAAAAACCUUCCUCAGAGAAUUGAAGGAACCAUUAUUGACAUAUGAAUUGUAUGAGGAAGUAAUGCAAUUUCAAUGCUGGAAUAAAGAUGAGGUAUUGAAGCAGGUGCAAGUUUUAAUAAUGGAAAAAUUGCCUGAGGAUAAUUAUAUAGUUCUGAAAUACAUCAUCAGCUUCUUAUCAAGAGUUAUGGAACGACAAGAUUUGAAUAAAAUGAACGCACAAAAUUUGGCAGUUGUGUUUGGUCCAAAUUUGGUAUGGUCUGAUAAUGUUUCUAUGUCACUGGUUGCCAUUGGGCCAAUCAAUAUGUUUACACAGUUCUUACUUCAACAGCAUAACAAAAUCUUCAUGAUCUAAUCCUGGAAAUAUGAAACGAUAUUCUGUGAUGAUAAUUUGCAUUUGUAAUAUUGUAGAAUUAUUGAAGAAAUAAUUUCUGUGAGAGUUGGGACCUUCCUUUAUGAGUAUGUCCAAUACUUCAUUAUUUUUUUAUAAUUGUUUGUAUUUUUUAGUGGGGUCAAGUUCAGUAAUGUGCAAGUUACAUGAAAAACUUAAUUUGUCAUAUAUGAAUCGAAUUAUUACUGAUGUGUUAACGCACCAUUCCAAAGAAUUAUAUUUUAAAAUUGAAACUAAUUAACCUAACAGUUUUAUUGUUUAAAAUUAUGGCUUGCAAUUCUGUUUUUGAUCACUUAUUUUUCUCAAUUUUUUUAUUAUCGAUAUUGAAACGAAUAACUGACUGAAAUAUAUAAUAACAUUAUCGAUAUAAAAUGUCAACAGGAAUGACUCUAGUCUAACAAAACGCAUAAUGAAUAGUAAGUGAGAGUGUGUUAAUCAGAGUUCAUUUUGUUGAAAAUUGUAAAAGAAUUUUCUCUAUAACUCACCGACUUCAGCUAUUCCUGUUAUUUAUGUAUACUUUUCAAGAAUGAACAGAUUGAAGUAGUACAUACACAGUGAAAAUUAUGGUAUGGCCUAAUGCUCUGAAAGAAAUCACACUUUAAGGUUCAGAAACUAUUUCAUGCCUGUUCAUCCAUAAUUGUGAAAAGUCUUCAAAAAUAUUAAUGUAAUACUAAAAACAUAUAUCAGUACCAUGUAGUUUUUUGUUAUACUGGAAAAAUAGAAUAAAUAUAUGAAUGUUAAUAA